AUGAGUGACCCUUUUCCAGCUCGUGUAGACCCCAAUAUAUUGCGUGUGUAUUACAAUCAACCAUGUCCAUUCUCGGAAAGAGUGCGCUUGGUAUUAACGGCCAAAGGCAUAGAACACGAGAAAAUAGCGAUUAAACUGCGGUCCAAACCCGAGUGGUUUCAAUCGGUGAACCCUUCGGGCAAAAUACCGGUCAUUGAGUUCGGGGCCGACAAUAAACGGCUAACGGAGUCGCUGGUGAUCGCCGACUAUCUCGAGGCCGCCUUUCCGGACACUCGACGCCUACAACCGGACGAUCCGUACGAGAGGGCCAACGAUCGGGUGCAGCUGAAGGGGGCGGUGGGGGACCUCCCGGGCCAGUUGGACGCCCAGUUGGCCGAAGGGGGCGCUAAUCUGAGUGUAGGUCAGAGGCAGUUGGUAUGUCUGGCGCGGGCUAUACUGCGGCACAAUAGGGUACCAGUGCUGGACGAGGCGACCGCUAAUGUUGACCACAAAACUGAUGCCUUAAUUCAGACCACAAUUCGUCACAAAUUCAGUGACUGUACUGUCCUUACGAUCGCUCACAGACUCAACACUAUUAUAGAUUGCGAUCGCGUUUUGGUGUUGGACGCGGGAGAGAUCAUAGAGUUUGACGACCCGUUUGUUUUACUGCAACGAAAAGGACAGUUGUAUGACAUGUGCCGCAAGACUGGCGAAGAUAUGUUUUGUCAUUUACUAAAUAUGGCUAAAGAAUCACAUUUUAAGAGAUUUAAUACAACACAAGUCAACGACGAAGACAUGCAUUUAUUACAUUUAAUUCGUCGACAACACGAAUAUUCUUAUCGUAAAGAAUCUCAAUCACAAGUAAUCGUAUAG